GCCCACCCCAUUUUUUCGGGUACGUGCACGCUAAACAUGAAGCAAGUGACAAACGGAUCCACCUUACCACUUCCACUGUUUGGAUACAAAGUCUAGUAGGAUCGACCAAGACAGUCAGAUGAUGGUGAACAAUUAUUUCAAUUUAAAAGGAAAUCGCUUUGGGAAUUGCUACGAAAGAUAAGAAAAAAAUAAAACUUCUCUUAGUAUUAUAGUCAAUAGGUGUUGAGGAGUAGACACAAUGGAUUAUCUGGUCUCAUUUCGUUGCAUUGCAAUACUACUGACAGCGGUGUUGUUUGGCUUGGCUGCCAGAACUAGUCAAGAAUGUCAAAAGGAUUUCCUCGAUUGCCAGACAAAUUACUCUGUAGCGCCUUUUCUACAGAAUGUCACAGAACACAUCACAGAAUUGUGCCUGACAGGCAGAACAUACCUGAAGUGUGUAGAGCACAUAGAGUGCAAGGAUGACAUGUAUUUACUGCUGGCGUACAACAUCAUCCAAAGAAACAUGUCAGCCUCAAACUCUCAUUGUGAACUUGGAAAUCCUCCAAACGGCAGGACAUACAGUAGUGAAGAUUGUAACAGCAAAGUGAAAACGUGUAGGCAGUCAUACGUUGACAACAUCGUAGUUGCAGAUACAAUGAACAAAGACAGAAACGAGACAGUAAUUUGUCAACAUCUGAACACAUUCAGAAAUUGCUUACUACAAAUUUCAUCGUGUGGCUCAGAAAGAGAAGAGGUGGACAAAAUGACCAGAGAUGAAAAGUCAAGAAUGAACCUUGAAAACUGUGAAAGUCUCGCCCUCAAGACUGCCACGGCCAACUAUCUCUUGGUAGCCAUAGCAACCAUCCUUGUCAGCAAGCUGCACUAAUCGCGGACCAGUUCAACAAAUCGAUUGUCCAUCAUGCAAUAAAAAGUCAAUGAAACGAAUGUAUGGUGUGCUGGAGUGGACACAAGACCUGGGACCAUGAACGACGCAUAAUCAUUAUUGAUCUUUUUUUAAAAAAUAUUACUUUUCCAUUUGUACAGCAUAUAAAGAUGUAGAUUGAUUGUUGUACCCUUGUCUUCAUUUAAUAAAAUCAGUUUUCGUAGAUCACUACAUGUAUAGAGUUUUGUUUUUGUUGCUAAAAGAAAUCUUUUAUUCAAAAUUGCUACAUGCUAACAAUAAAAGAAAUAUUUUGCGUAUUGUUUAUAUCAGUGAUACACAUUCCUUUACGGCCUGGGGGAUAUAUUUUUGUCGACACCUGUCAGUGCAAAAAGUCGCCAAUUGUAGCCAUGCCUCUUGUGUUGUAUUUAGGGCAAAACAUCUAGAAGGGUGGGACAGCAUGUCACUGGCAAGAUAUGAACUUCGGGUGGUGUUUUUGGUAGCACUGCCUUGGCUCUACGCAGGUUUCUAUAUGGAGUAUAUGGAACUCUAGUAACUUUAGUAUCACGUCGGUUUAUUGUAAAAAAGAAGUAGAGUUAUAAAUAAGUUAUCCUCACUGACCUAUACAUAUUAGAUAUCUAGACUGGACAUGUAAAUCUUUUAACAUUACAAAAAUGUUGUGAAAAAACUUUUUAAAAAGAUGAAACAAGGCGUUGUUUUGUAAAGUAAUUAUAAGAAGUAAAGUUGUUUUUUUAACCCUCUCCUAUGUAACAUAUAAUUUAAUGUUUAGAUCUAGAUCUAGUUAUUAAACAUCGAAAAUAAGAGCACUCUCGUCUCAUAAUUAUUAUUUUGUGAUAUUUAGAUACAUAAAAACAAAAUCAGUCUAUUUAAAUGUACAUAAGAUAACUAAAAUCAAUAGACAUGAAUUAUUUCGAUCUAGAACCUUGAAACAUUAUCUUAAUGGAAACUCAGGAAAUAGCUUUAUUUAAUGAAUUUGCAAGAAUAUAUAGUUCUGUGAUUAAUACAAAAUGUUUGUUUGUAAAAUGUUUUACAUGUUUCGGAUGUUCCUUCAGAGUUGAAGAUAGUUUACUUCCUAGUCCAAACCUCCCGCAGGACGACGGGGAAUGGGAGCGGGCAGGGUUUGAACCCUCGACCGUCGAUAAAUCCGAACGACAGUCCAGCGCGCAAACCGCACGACCAGGCAGCCAUCCAUAUAUAUCUAUAUAUAUAGGUCUGUGAGUUGAUCAAUCGAGAAUAUGAAUUUGUUUACGUUUUCCAGUCUAGAUAUAAUAUAUAUAUAUAUAUAGGUCUGUGGUUAUCCUUUUAUUUAUGAAAGAAUCUGGUGUGGAGUCCAAUCUCGUUACAAUAUUCUACAAUCAAACUUGAAAAUUACUGUAUAAUGUUCACUCAAUAGUUUAAAUUGCUUGGUACUUUUUCCCUAUUGUGUGUACUUGUUAUUUCAGCAACUAUCAUUGUACUUGUUAUUUCAGCAACUAUCUUUGUACUUGUUAUUUCAGCAACUAUCUUUGUACUUGUUAUUUCAGCAACUAUCUUUGUACUUGUUAUUUCAACAACUAUCUUUGUACUUGUUAUUUCAACAACUAUCAUUGUACUUGUUAUUUCAGCAACUAUCUUUGUACUUGUUAUUUCAACAACUAUCUUUGUACUUGUUAUUUCAGCAACUAUCUUUGUACUUGUUAUUUCAGCAACUAUCUUUGUACUUGUUAUUUCAGCAACUAUCUUUGUACUUGUUAUUUCAGCAACUAUCUUUGUACUUGUUAUUUCAACAACUAUCAUUGUACUUGUUAUUUCAGCAACUAACUUUGUACUUGUUAUUUCAACAACUAUCAUUGUACUUGUUAUUUCAACAACUAUCUUUGUACUUGUUAUUUCAGCAACUAUCUUUGUACUUGUUAUUUCAACAACUAUCUUUGUACUUGUUAUUUCAACAACUAUCUUUGUACUUGUUAUUUCAACAACUAUCUUUGUACUUGUUAUUUCAGCAACUAUCUUUGUACUUGUUAUUUCAACAACUAUCUUUGUACUUGUUAUUUCAACAACUAUCUUUGUACUUGUUAUUUCAGCAACUAUCUUUGUACUUGUUAUUUCAACAACUAUCAUUGUACUUGUUAUUUCAACAACUAUCUUUGUACUUGUUAUUUCAACAACUAUCAUUGUACUUGUUAUUUCAGCAACUAUCUUUGUACUUGUUAUUUCAACAACUAUCAUUGUACUUGUUAUUUCAACAACUAUCUACUUGUUAAUGAAUGGAGAAACGUUAUUCCUUCACUGUUCACAGACAUGCAUAGAUUCGGUCUACAUUUCAAUAAUCACAUCAUGUAAUGCAGGCUUUAAACGGGAGCAAUGAUUUUCUUUUAAAAACACAGCUCUAUUCAGAAUAACCCAACAGUAGCAAAACAAUACUACGACCAAACAUUAACCAAGCUCUGACAAAACAAUGACCUUUUCUAGAACCUUUUUAUUAUGUUUUUGUUACCAUGGAAAUGCAGUGUAAUUAUAGUUUUAGAAAAUUGUAAAGUAGGUGAUGUGCCAUGCAGUUAUUGUUCUCAUAGAUUUAUGAAAAUAUUUUUUGUCAAUGUAAUGUUUGUAUGUGGUGGUUUAGUGUUAAUGUAUAUCGAAAUAAAAAUAAAAAUAUAAACAUUUCUUUGCUUGAAUUCAAA